AAUUUACCCAUGUACUACUCUCGAUGUCGGCAAUUCAAAGUCAACUCAUUCAACUCAUAUAUGCAACGACCCAGGGCGCUUCUUCUUCGUCUUCCUCAAGCAAGAAAAUGCAUCGGCAAAUCUUUCUAGUAUUGCUCCUUUUCAUCGGACCAGCAUUUGCAGAUCUUCUGCAGAACUCAGAUUUUGAAAGUCCCCCAUCAAACUUGCCGGAAAAUUCCACCACCCCAUUUCAGCAAUUGAGUGGAAACAGCACUAUUCCAGGUUGGUCAUUUGAAGGGACAAUCGUGUAUGUCACAGCUAAUCAGACAGUAGCUUUGCCAGGAAAUGGGCAUGCCAUACAACUGGGAGAAGAUGGCAAGAUUAACCAAACAAUCAAUCCUGUUGCUGAUUACGUCCAUUAUCUGCUCACCUUCACGCUUGCUCCAGGCGGACAGAAUUGUUCAACUAACGCCAAUGUUAGUGUCUCGGCCCCAGAUAGCAACUCCAUCUUGUCUUUUAAGCAGAAUUUUGGGAAGGAAAAAUGGCAGACCUAUGGUCUCUAUUUGGGUAGUUGGGAACAGCAAGAGCCUGUUAACCUUAUCCUUGAAAGCCAAUCAACAGAAUCAGAUGCUAAGUCCACAUGUUGGCCAUUGAUUGACAAGCUUCUUCUCAAAUCCAUUGAAACACUUGUCCCAGGCGAUGAUAACCUUUUGUUGAAUGGAGGAUUUGAAUUUGGCCCAGAAUUCCUUAGCAACUCUACUGAAGGGGUUCUACUUGAUUCAGCACCUACUCCUGUUCUGUCCCCACUAAGACAAUGGUCUAUUUCAGGAACAGUCAAAUACAUAGACUCCAAACACUACUUUGUACCUGAAGGCAAUGCUGCAGUUGAGUUUGUCUCAGGAGUUUCAACCGGCAUACAGGCAGCAACUACAGUCGAAGCUGGUUCAAAGUAUAGUUUGGACUUCACUCUAGGAGAUGCUAAUGACUCAUGUCGGGGGAAUUUUCUAGUUGGGGCUCAGGCAGGAUCCACAGCUCAGAAUUUUACACUGCAGAGUAAUGGGACUGGUUCAGCCAAGAAUUUCUCUCUAGCAUUCAAGGCAGAUUUAACUACAGCUCUCAUAGGUUUUGUGAGCUAUACCACUACCCAGACAAAGGAUGGUGUUUUCUGCGGUCCUAUUGUUGACAAUGUUGUUUUGCGUGCUUCUCAGGGGAUGAAAUCAAAAAUUAAGUGGGAAGCUUUUAUUUUUCUGCUAUUUCUAGUAGGCAUUCUGUGACUUCGAUUAUCAAUUCAAGUAGUUGUGUGAUUUUCAA